AUGACGAUCUCGGACAUUCUCUACCACCACAUAUAUCCGCCCGUAAACGGUCUGAUUUGUUGCAUACGUGAUUCAUCGAUCACCGUUUGUAAUCCGGCCACUAGACAAAUUGUGAAACUGCCAGAUCUUACAUGCAAUGGAAGAUACAUACAUGCACGUCUUGGCUAUGAUCCGGUCGAAGAUCAAUACAAAGUAUUGUGUCUGUUGACGACGACCAAUUUAUUCCGCCCUAACCAAAACAACAUCCAAGAAGAGUAUUUAGUUUGCACAGUGACAUCAUCUAAGAAACAAGAGUGGAGAAAGAUUGAGAACACCGUUGGUCUUUGUCUCGGAAUCAGCAGAGGGAUAUGCAUCGAUGGUGCUAUAUACUACGAAACUGGUAAGUUAAUGAUAGUUAGAUUUGAUGUUAGAACUGAGAAUAUCAAGUUAAUUAGAGCAUCUGAAGAGUCAGACUUCUUGAGAAAAUUCCCUUCCACUCUUUUAAAUUACAAUGGAAAAUUAGGAAUUGUAGAUUAUCCUUAUAAAAGCGUUAAGAGAUUGUGGAUUCUAGAGGAUGCUGAGAAGCAACAAUGGUCGAGCAUGACGUGUGUCUUACCUUUGGAACUGGAAUGUCUACUUGGGAGUUACGUAGUGUCUAAAAGAGAUGUUCAUAACGGCGAGAUUAUGGUGUUUCAUCCAUGGUCAUGGUCACUUGAGAAAUUUUGUCGUGUUUACUAUUAUGAUUUUAAGAAAGAGAGCAUAAUAAGAAAAGUCGAGGUAGUGGUGGAUGGUGAGUUCAGACGUAUCCUUGGGAUUGGUGAGCAAAAAUGUCUGAUUUUAUGUUAUCCAGGUUACUUUGAGAAUAUUAGGUUCUUGUGA